AUGGCAAACCAACAGUCUUCAAGGCUACGACUGGUUUGGGUUGCAGCAGUCUCGGUACUCUGUCAAGUGUGCAGUGGAACUGAGACGAAUAUCGGUGGGACAUACUCUUCGAGUUACACUCUAACGCAAAUCAAUGGAUCAUACGCUGUCACCAAAGAUCUUGUAGUGAGUAAGGGAGCCACAGUAACAAUAGAGGCUGGUGUAGUCCUCAAUUUCCAGGCAAGAGUUCGUCUGAUCGUCAAUGGCACACUCAUUGCUAAAGGAUCAAAGGAAGCUCCUAUUGUUAUGUACCAUAAUGCUACAAUUGGUACCGACACAGGACUCAUACGUCUGGUGGGAGGUAAGAAUUUGAGAGAAGGUCGUGUUGAGGUGCUAAAUGGUCAGAACUGGGGGACAGUAUGUGAUGAUUAUUGGAACACAGACAAUGCAAAGGUUGUUUGUAGACAACUUGGAUUUGGAAAUCCAAUCGAAGCGUCCACACGACGCUUUGGUUCAGGGUCUGGCGUUUUUGAAUUAAACAAUGUGAAUUGUGAUGGUGUGGAGAAUUCGUUGCUAGACUGUCGUGCCGACCAAUGGAACAGCAGUAAAUGCAAACACUCGGAAGACGUGGGCGUCGUUUGUGGAGCAGGUAGUGUUGGAUUCUGGGGUGGCAUUGUGUUUGCCAACGAAAGUGUGACCGGAACAGUUGAACGUAGCGCAUGGAAGUACCACAGUAAUAGCGUACUUGAGAAUGUUGAGAUCAUGAAUGCUGGUGUGGCUAUUGAUACUAUCAGACGAUCCCAACCAGACCUUCAAGUGCCGGCGAUCACCAUCAUGACUGCCAGUCCAUCAGUCACCAAUGUGACUAUUAUGCAUAACAGACAGGUCGGAGUUCAUUUGAAUGCAGUUCACGGAAAUGUCAAAUUUGUUGGUUUAUCGAUUAAAAACAGCACAAGUAGUGGCAUUACUGGAUCGUGUUCUUGGCAGUUUGCAUGCAUUAGUUGCCAGGUAACUGUCCGUGGUGGCAGUGGUAUUGAUGUCACUAGGAUACCUCUAAAUCUUGAUCUCCCUGAUGUUGCUAUGGUUCAAAGUUAUUCUUUGGAUUAUAAAGGCUCUGCAUCAAGCAAUGUUCAAUCAUUCAGUGUUGGGACCGAUGGCUUUUACGUCAAUUUCACUGAAGCUAGUGCUCGAACAAACUAUUACAUUAGAGGUUUUGAAACAAUGCCUGGUUAUGGACUCUCAAUUUUUUUCCAACGUUUGAAAUUAAACAGAAACAGUAUCAGAAUAAUUGAUGGUGUAACUGGACAGCAAGUGUUGUAUUGGUGGUAUCGCUCUGCUAUUCCGUCUGGAAGCUUAUCUCUUACUUCUCAUCAGUUGCUAUUCUUUAUUGACACGGAUUACAGCUACGUUACAACAGGAGAUAUUUUUGCCUAUAUAGCACCAUACAAACUGAGUGAUCGUCUAGUCUCUAUCGACAACAGUUUUGUCGGUAGAGUUGAUGGUUUAAACAGCUUGUCGUCAGGAAUUCGCUUGGCAGGAUCUCUGGGAAUUGUACACAUUACCAGGUGUCGUGUGUUGGCCGCAAGAAGCAGUGGCAUUCAGUUAAGUGGAUCUGCUAGUGAUGUGGUAGUAUCAACUACAAGAGUAAUCAAUGGCACAGCAGCAGGUUCUGGUGUGGACCUUAAUGGUGUUUAUCUGAGUUUGUUAGAUUUGUCUGAAGUGCAUAUUGAGGGAUACAAUUAUGGAGUGAAUGCAAGGACAGACAGCCAAGCUAAUAUCUCAAUAAACAACUCACAGUUCAGGCGAAAUCGCUACAUUGGAGUGUAUGUUAGGUGGUCACAACCAUACAUCUACAAUUGGCCUCUGCUUUCUAACCAAAACUUAGAAAUCACUCGUUCUACAUUUGCAGAUACUGUCACUAAUCAAGGCUUAUAUGUUUAUGCGUACGACUGGUACACAACUGCAAGUAAACGAGUUCAAAUUUCUGACAACUUGUUUGAAAGGAAUAUGGGUGGUCUGUAUUAUGGACAUGGCAGCCGUCAUGUGACCAGCAACAUACUAAGGAAUACUUUCAUCGACAAUAAUGGUGGUUGUUGUUCUGGAGCAAUGUAUGUUUCACCUCAAUUCUACAAUCCCAAUUAUCCACUAUGGGUGGACAUCAUUGAUGGAAACCAGUUCUUACGUAAUUCAGGAGAGUAUGUCGUCAAACUGCAGACUUCGACAUCAUUUAGUUCCUCUUAUCAACUGGGUUCUGUGGUGGUAUUCAGAAAUAACAACAUAUCAGAUAGCUCUGUUUUGCAAUCUACAGUGUCAAACACUCGAAAGUCAACUCCACAUGCUGUUCUUGAUAUUGUGGGUACCAUGUUUGUGACUGCUUACCACAACAGAUUUCAUAACCCAAAUGCUACGUUUGACCUAGCACUGCAAGCUGAAAGCAUUUCAUCUUUGGAUCAAAUCAAUAUUACACUAAACUGGUGGGGUACAGCUGAUGAAGUGAAAAUUCAAGAGCGAAUAUUUGACUUUGAUGACAGAAACAAUUUGGCUGUUGCCAGAUAUUUUCCAUUCUUACUUUCUUCUUCACUUUCUGAUGUAGCAAAUUCUACUCAUCCGAAGAUGAACACUUCAUUUAUUAAUGCUAACAAUGAAAUAGGAGGACAGUUGGCAGAAAAUAUAACUCUUGUGGCCUUCCGUGGCCCGUAUAUUGUUACACGUGAUGUUACUGUAUUGCCAGCUGCUGUAUUGACUAUUGAGGCGGGCACUGAGUUGAGAUUUCAACCAAAUGUGGGAAUGCUGGUUGAAGGUCAACUGUUGACUAAAGGCUUACCCAAUCAACCGGUUAUAUUCACUCGCUUUCAAAGCUCAAGUUUUCACAAUAAUGGAUUGUUAAUUGUACGGUUCAGAGAUGGAAGAUAUUAUAGCACAAGAGCUUAUGGGAUUCUAGAGUUGAACAUUGAAGACACGUGGUACUCGGUAUGUCUGAACUCUGAACAACGUCCUGACUACACGUCUAUGUCUGCAUUAGCUAAGGUUGUUUGUAUGCAACUUGGUUAUGACAGUGGUUACUUGAGCACCACUCACUGGUAUCCCACUUUGGGCAAAUCUGUUGUACUCAACUUCUGGUGUCCUCACAAUGCUUCUGUGGUCAGUGACUGUACGUUUAAUAGAAGCUUCUAUUCAGCACAGUCAGACUGCCUUCGUGUUGCUUAUCCCUCUUGUUACAGAUCAAAUUCAUACCAACAAUCUUCAGGAUACCAUUGGUCAGGAAUUCGAUUUGCUCCUACUAGUUCUGUUCCUUUAGCUAAUGGUGUACAUCAAGUUCCCAUGUCACGACUGAGGUAUACUGAGAUCAUUGGUGCCGGUCAGUGGACCUACAAGACUGUUCCUGCUAUACAAGCAUACUUUAGACCUCCAGAGACAAUUGGUGUAACAAUAAGAGAUUGUGCUUCUACAGGAAUGGAAGUUAGCUAUUUGCAUGAAGAGGCUAGAAUUACUGGUUUGACAGUUGUGAACAGCAGGGGAGAUGGUGUAUCUGUGAGAAGACCAAGUGGGAAAAACUUGACCAUUGAUGCAAUAACAGUUCAUAAUGUGACUGGCUAUGGCAUUCGAGUAUAUCGUUACAGUUCAUCCCUCAAUGGCAACACAGACUUUCAGUCUAUUUGCUCAGAUGUACACAACAUAUCCAUAGAUCCUGAAAAUGGAGCUUAUAUUGGCAUGUCUCAAGAUGAACAUUUACCUGGAAUCACUUGUAGUGUUGUUUUAUAUGGUCCUCCUAACACAAUUCUUUCUGUUCGAUUGGUGACCUUGAGACUAUAUAAUGAUGAUCGUCUCACUUUGAGAAAUGGACCAUUAUCUUCUAGCCCUUCAUGGCUGUCAUUUAGUGGCUACCGUUCAUCACUGAAUGAUCCAUAUCUUUCUUCUGGAAAUGUUAUUUUUGUAGAAGUCAGAACUGGAGGAAAGACUGGUGCUCCUGGGUUUAGUUUACACGUAGAAGCUCUCUCGUCUGCUCCUGUAGAACCGUUUGUCCACAUUGUGAACAGUGCUGUAACCUCUAGUAGAUAUGGUGUUUACAUUGGCUCACUCUAUGAUGACACUUUGAUACACAACGUUACCAUUGUUGACUCUACUCAACAUGGUAUUUAUGUGUCAUCACAAUAUGGCUUGUUGACUGUUUCUAAAUGUCAUGUGAUCAAUUCAAGAAGCACUGGAAUUUAUCAUUCGUAUGGUCGAAAGCCAAUGAAGUUCAUAGAUAAUCGACUUACAAACAACUCUCAGGGGAUGUUUAUACGUCCAUACUAUUACUAUCAUGACAGAUGUGGCGUUCAAGUUGUAGGAAAUGUAAUAGUAGGUUCAAACAGAGAGGGAUUGUAUAUCAAUGCAGAUGGAAGGAGCUCUUCUAAUACACAGAAUAAGUGUCCAUGGGAAGUUUCAAAUAAUUUAUUUGAAUACAACAAUGAUGGCUUGCUGGCUUACUCAUACAAUCAGAGAGGUUUGCAUUAUGCAUUGAAUUUUACUGAAAAUGUGUUUAAUGCCAAUAAUGGCACAGCAUUGAGACUAGACAGACGAGGCGACUGGUAUGGGUUGAUUACUGCUAAUCAGUUUCAUCAUCAUGCAAGCCGAACUGGAGGAUCUGUUUUGGUGGAGGGAAGAGUUGAAGCACUGAAUGUAACAGGUAACACUUUCAAAUGGAACGGUGGCAAGUAUGUAGUGAGACUAGCGUUGCUCAACUUCACUUCAUUUCCUGUCAUUUUCAGCAGUAAUGAAUUGUCAAAUAACUACAUCAACGAAACAGAUACAAUACCAUUGGAUAAUCGGUCUGCCGUUUUGGUAGUUGGAAUGUCAGAUAAAGUUUUGAUGAGAGAUAAUGUGUUUGAUAAUCCCGAGUCUCUGUUUGAGUUAGGAGUUGAGCUUCCUGUACAAAGUUCUACUGAUCACACGAUAGACGUUAGCUACAACUACUGGGGUACUGUAGAUGAAAAUAGAAUUCGGGAUCGAAUUCAUGACUUUGGCUACUGUUCUCGCUUGGCAUCAGCAGAUUUCUUUCCAUAUUUAACAUCUGCAGUUGGGCUUCCAGUCUCCUCAACUAUUUCUCGUACUACUGACAUUGUCCGUCCUAAUAGUAUUAUUAGAGGACGAGUGUUGGCAGACACAGUUAUACCUUUAUCUUAUAGCCCAUAUGUUGUAACUGGAGAUAUAUCUGUGUUACCUGGGAGGAAGCUUACCAUUGAGGCAGGAGUUGAACUGCGGUUUAGUCAUAAUACUGGCAUCCUGGUAGAGGGACAAUUGGUAGCCAAUGGAACUGAUGCUGAGUCUAUUAGAAUGACAGAUGACAGCUUUUUUGGUCUGAGCAUUCGAAUAGUAGGUGGACUGACGUUGCUUGAGGGCAGAGUGGAACUGUUUUACAAUGGAAUCUGGGGUCCCAUAUGUGUUGUUCAGAACCCUAAUGGAAGGUAUUAUCGGACUAAUCAUGACUACUACAAUACUCAAGUUGUCUGCCGUGAACUUGGACAUUAUGCAAACUAUCGAUUUCCCUUCUCAGAUCCAUCAUUUGGAUUGUCUAGUAAUCCAGCCUGGUUGGGACAUGUACUUUGUAGGGGAAAUGAAGCUUCUUUGAGACAAUGCACAAACUAUGUCUUACAACAGUCUGACUGCCCAUAUGGACAGCUAGUGGCAAGGUGUAGCGACACAGGGCUCACUUCUGCAAGCAGAGAUUUGCCUUUAUUGCAUUGGACUGGAUUGCGAUUUGCAGGCAGUGAUCAGGAGAUAUCGACUAUGAGGAACGUAUUAAUUGAAAGAGCAGGAAUAGCCAACAGAGAGCAAACUCCUGCUAUUCAUAUAGUGGGAAGGGAAGUUUAUUUUUCUAAAGUACAUGUAACUGACAGCUCAUGGACUGGAGUAACAGUGACAAACUCACCAUCAGUCCAACUGUCUAAUUGUCACAUUUCAAGAAAUGAUGGUAGUGGUGUUCGACUGGUCAAUAUGCCUGCUAGCUCAGUAAGAGGACUAACAAGCAAAGAGAACUCUAAUCACGGGUUGUCACUGUCAGUAGAUAGCCUACUACAGAGAUUGUGGAACAUACCUGUACCAUCAAGUCAUAUUGUUGACAUUUGCUCAUAUAACAACAUUCCAUUAUCAACUUCAAUGCCUUUUUAUCUGAGAUUCAAUGCUGAUCCUAUACAGAGAAAUGGAGGAUAUCGCACGUGUACUGCAUCUAUUCAAUCUGAUGCACAGCAUGUUGUAUCUGUACACAUACUGGCUAUCAAAUUUAGAGAAACAAGUUCAUAUGUGACUGUGGAUGGCAAAGAUGUAUACAGAAGGAGGGCCGUUCCAUCUAACUUUCCUCUUCAUUACACUGCAUCAGUAGGAUCAUCUGUGAGGGUGCUAGUGUCAGCAUACUUAUACGACUAUAACUAUGAGCUUGAUGAAAACUUCUUUCUAGCAUACAUACAGCGCCAUCACACAGGUUUGUCAAACUUUACGUCUCAUUACUUCACGGGUUUGUCUUUGACUGACAACUCACUGUCCGGAUUGGCCAUAAACUCUAGCUUGAGCAGUUAUGAACGAUUUGACGUAACACUUCUGAAUUCCAUUGUGACCAAUAACAAGUGGAACGGCAUUGAUGUCAAUACAACAUGCAAGGGAAUUCCCAACUAUGGUUCUAAUGUGCAUACGUUUGAUAUCCAACGAAAUUUCAUCUCACAAAACGGACAGUUUACCACUGCCACGUAUGGCUCUCGGUCUGCUGGUAUUGCAAUGCAUAUUGAUCGAUCAAAUGUCAUCAUACAGAACAAUGCAUUUUGGAAAAACAAAGGAGGAGCAGUGAGUUUGAAGCUCGACUCUGAUGUCCAUAAGAGCAAUGUCUAUCUGUUUGAUAACGACAUUGAAUGGAACACGGCAGGUCCUACAGUCAGUUUAUCUGGAAGUAACGGUACGUCUGGUCCUUUAGUGUACAUAGUUGGCAACAGAAUCAGUCAUAAUUCAGCUGGAAUUCAAUACGACACACUGUCAAUAGAUAACAUCGCUGCCAAUGUGGUCAGGAAUAUUUUCUUCAAUGAUACCAGUCGUCACGUUAUAAGAUGGAUUGUGGGUUCACGGUCGUCUGUUGGUGGACAGCAAUGUGUAGACAAUACUCUAUACCUCAACAUUGGACAAAAGCCAAACUAUCGGUGGAGCGUGUAUGCUGAUGGAGUCGGUCCUCAGUACAUGCAAAAUUUGUUUAGCAAUCCAUCCAAUCUGUACGAGUUUGUGUCUGGAACGGAUAGAGAACAAGGUCAUCAUGAUGCUAGAAAUAACUGGUGGGGCACAUCAGACUUGACACAAGCUGAAGCAAGAGUUCGAGAUAAGAAUGAUCUGUCAAGCUCAGCAAUCGUAGAUAUUAAGCCAAUUGACAGUUCCUGGGUGGCUCAAUCAGCUUGUCCAUUCGGCUGGGUUAAGUAUAUUUCCAACUGCUACUUGUAUGUGGGUGGUGCUCGGAGUUGGCACUUGGCUAAUACUUUUUGCCAGGAUCUCAGUUCUCAGUUGGCUAGCACCCAUUCUAGUUCUGUAGAUGGAUUUUUGCAAAGUGUCUCACCAAUACCAUUUGGUCUGACCAGCCCGGGUGUCUGGUUGGGGCUCUUUCGUGCAGCAAAUGACACCUGGCAAUGGACAGAUUUCAGUCCAGUUUACUACUCUUCAUGGGCUGAUGGUGGAAUGGGGGGUUGGAUGGAGAGGUCGGGCUUGUACGACUACUUACUGCAGCUUGUACACAACUUGUCAUGCCUGCAGUCGUCGGCCUGGCUGUGGAUGGUGUGA